AUGUUUCGCUCCCGUCGCUUCCAUGAACUCCUCCUGCCUCGGUUCUCUGCCCACUCCUCGGCGGCCGUCCGAUCGACACCCCAUCCCACUCUCAGAGUCCUUCCCAAGUCCUCUUCCCUGUCGCCACCAGCUCUCCUGCAGUCAAGAGGUAAGAAGACGACGACGACCAUCUCGCUUUCGGACCUGCCUCAAGGACCCAUCAAGACCGAAUCGCCGGGGCCGCAGGAGGAUCAAGAUGGACCUGGCUAUCCCACCGUUGUGCUCCAGGCCCGUCGCAACAUGCAAAAGUUCGACAACUGCGUCCUCCUGACCCGCGUCGGCGGCUUCUACGAGCUCUACUUUGAGCAUGCUGACGAGUAUUCACCGCUGCUGAAUCUGAAGCUCGCUUCCAAGAAGACCAACGCAGGCCCGGUUCCCAUGGCCGGCUUCCCCUUCUUUCAGCUGGAUCGCUUUCUCAAAAUCCUCGUCCAGGACCUCAACCGCUACGUGGCCAUUGCCGAAGAGUUCCCGAACGAGGCAACCGACAAGAUAAAGUCGGGCGGGUUGCUGCAUGACCGACGGGUUGCCCGCAUCAUCACGCCUGGCACUCUCAUUGACGAGAGUUUCAUUGAUCCAUAUACGAACAACUAUGUCCUAGCUAUCCACGUCUGUGGAGAUCAUGGCCCUCCAUCCAACGCAGAACCCGACCUGGCCAACUUUCCCAAACCCAGCUCUGUGUCUCUUGGUCUCGCAUGGCUGGAUUUGUCCACCGGCCACUUUUUUACCCAGUCGUCCGAUCUCGCGUCCCUUUCUUCCAUACUUUCUAGAAUUGGGCCCCGCGAAGUCGUUCUUGACAAGGAUUUCGAGUCUCAACGAGACCAUGGCAUCUUCUCCAUACUCGACGAGGAUCGACAUCUCAUCACCUACUCACCCUCGCCUGAGCUGGUCGACGUCGCCGAAUGGACGCCGUUGCUCGAAACAGAGGUUCCUGAGAGCACAAGGAAGAGUUUUACCGACGAGGAAGUAUCUGCCGGCAGCCUGGUGCUUAGCUACGUCAAGGAGCGCUUGCAGGGCAUCGCCAUGAAGCUCCAACCUCCCCUUCGUCGCCAGAGCAUGCAGAUCAUGAACAUCGACAAAAAUAGCUUGCGGGCUCUGGAGCUAAAGCAGACUCUCCGUGACGGCUUUUUCCGAGGCAGCCUUCUGCAUACCAUUCGCCGAACCGUCACCAAAAGCGGCGCUCGUCUCCUAAACGAGUGGCUCAGCUCACCAUCCACGUCGCUCGAGGUGAUCAGUGCCAGGCAGAGCCUGGUCGCCCGCUUCAUCGCCGCCAACGACCUUCGAGAUUCCAUCAUUUUACUUCUGAGGCGGAGUCACGACUCGCAGCGCCUCGUCCAAAAGUUUGCCAUGGGCCGUGGCGAUGCGGAUGACCUGCUAGCACUAGCCAACACCAUCCAAGCCACCAAAGAUAUUGUCAAUCUUCUCAAUAGCGCCAGCUUUCCCACGGAUGGGGACUCGGAAAGAGCUUGCUUUGGCUCCAUAGUCUCUCGCAUUCAUCUCACACAGUCUCUCAAGCUCGCCCGGAGGAUCAAACAAGCUGUCGAUGAGGAAGGCGUCGUUCAUCAACACGAAGUUGAGGACUCCGAGGCAAAGCGGAUGAUGACUUUGGCCCUGAAUGUAACAUCAUUGGAGGGUUCGGAGGAGGUUGCAGCUGUUGCACCGGGGAGGAAGAAGCGCCCAGCCUCUAUUAGGGAGUAUUAUGCCGACGACAACGAGGCCUGGAUAAUGGACCCAGCCGCAAGCCCCAUGCUCAAGAAUCUCCACAUCCAGUUAAAAUCCUUGCUGGACGAAAAACUGUCACUUGGAGACGCCUUGCGCAGCCGACUUGGCGCCUCGAGCCUCACUCUGAGAUGGACCCCAGCCUUGGGCCAUAUCGCCCACAUCAAGGGCAAGGAUGUGAAGAAUCUUCCAGAGAUCACGGCUCUCUCUGCCAGUCGCUCAACUCGUUCAUUCCACCUCCCAGAGUGGACUUCUCUAGGCCAGCGUCUCGACCAGACUCGUUUCCAGAUCAGACGCGAGGAGCAGCGUGUUCUUCAAUCUCUACGUGAGCAGGUUGUUUUGAGCCUCGUCAACUUGCGACGCAACGCCGUCGUGUUGGACGAGCUCGACGUCGCCACCUCCUUUGCAAAGCUAGCUCUCGAGCAGAACCUGGUGCGACCUCGGCUCAACGACUCGACCCGUCACACCAUCAUCGGCGGACGACACCCAACAGUUGAAAGGGGCUUGUUAGAACAGGGACGCAGCUUCGUCCGCAACGACUGCCUCGUCGGGUCGCAGACGGAUGGCCUUCUGUGGCUCAUCACUGGCCCGAACAUGGCUGGGAAGAGCACGUUUCUUCGUCAGAACGCUCUCAUCACAAUCCUCGCCCAGACGGGUUGCUACGUCCCUGCCUCAUAUGCCGAACUUGGCAUAGUCGAUGCGAUUUUCAGCCGCGUUGGCUCCGCCGAUAACCUGUAUCAUGAUCAAAGCACCUUCAUGGUCGAGAUGCUCGAGACGGCACACAUUCUCAAGCAAGCCACACCAAGGUCCUUUGUAAUCAUGGAUGAAAUUGGACGAGGCACUACACCAGAGGAUGGCACGGCCGUGUCAUACGCAUGUCUGCACCACUUGGUCACCGUCAACAAGUGUAGGACACUCUUCGCGACGCAUUUUCACAAGGUUGUCGACCUCGCCACCAAGGAGGGACUUUGUGGGCAAAGCGGAAGUGCCGUGCACACAUACUGUACAGAUGUAGAGGAAGAUGGCCAUGGUGGGUUUGUCUACGUGCACAAGCUGCGAAACGGCGUCAACCAUAAGAGCCAUGCGUUGAAAGUUGCGCGUCUGGCGGGGCUUCCGGAGCGUGCUAUUGACGUCGCAAGACAAGUCCUGGACCAGAAUAGUCUGCAUUCAAAUCUACACGAAGACGCCAUGUCGGCAUCAUAA